AUGAAGAAAACGCACCGCAUGUGCGCGACUGUGUACGACACGCACGGGCCUGAGAUCACCAUCGCCAACACCAACAACGCCACAGUGACGAUGACAGCGGGCAGCACGGUGGUGCUGUCAGGCGACAAGGACCACCCCGUCACUGCCCAGGCGCUCCCCCUCGCCUGCCCCCAACUCGCCAAGGCGGUGAAGCCAGGGGACGAGGUGUUUGUGGGGCGCUACCUCUUCACAGGCAGCGAGACCACGUCCGUGUGGCUCAAGGUGGAGGAGGUGAAGGGGGACGACAUAGUGUGCACAGUGACCAACACGGCAGAGCUGCAAGGGGACUUCUUCACUGUUCACGCUGCCCAGGUGGACACGGACAUGCCCAUCCUCUCCAAGGUGGACGAGCGCCAUCUGUCCACGUGGGGAGUUAACUGCUUGCCGCACAUCAUCUUCCUCUCCUUCACCCGCAACGCAGAGGACAUCAGAUAUGCGCGCAAUCACCUCGCCCAACUGGGCAAGCUCUCGCAGUCCUUCAUCUUUGCCAAGAUCGAGAGCAUUCAGGGGCUGAGGAAGAUAGAUGAGAUUCUGUCAGAGGCAGAUGGGCUCGUGCUGGGGCGAGGUGAUCUUGGAAUCGACCUGCCUGCAGAAAAGGUGUUUCUGAUGCAGAAGGUGGCAAUCUACAAGGCCAACAUGGCGGGCAAGCCAUGUGUCAUCUCGCGAGUGGUCGACACGAUGACAGACACGCCCCGCCCCACCCGUGCUGAGGCCACCGACGUCGCAAACGCUGUGCUGGAUGGAGUGGAUGCUAUUAUGCUGGGAGCUGAGACGCUGAGAGGGCUGUACCCUACUGAGACAGUGUCAACUGUGCGCCUCAUCUGUUCCGAGGCGGAGAAGGCAUACAACCAGGAGCUCUAUUUCAAGAAGGCGGUCAAGGAAGCUACCGACACCAUGAGCGAGCUUGAAGCCAUGGCCUCAUCCGCGGUGAAAACAGCAGAGAAGGUGCACGCAGCAGCGAUUGUGGUGUUCACCUCCUCGGGAAGAAUGGCCAGGCUCGUGGCCAAGUACAAGCCAACCAUGCCCAUUCUGACGCUUGUCAUUCCACGCCUCUACGUUGAUAAGCUCAGAUGGACGGUGCAGGGUGAAGUCCCGGCCCACAUGUGUUGUCUGAUGCGAGGCCUCAUCCCCAUGAUGGCUACACCCAAGACACUGGAGCAAAGCGAUGUAUCCACUAACGAGACUGUUCUCAAGGAGGCCAUUCUUCAGGGCCAGCGCAUCGGAGUGCUGAGGAAGCACGACAGGGUGGUGGUGGUGCAGAAACUCGGCGACUCCGUUGUGGUGCAGAGGUUCAGUGCUGCAUCUGGCGCAGUGCUGCAUCUGGCGCAGUGCUGCAUCUGGCGCAUCCACAGAGAUGAAGUUCCACCCCUCUCCUCGCCUCCCCACCCCCUCUCCUCGCCUCCCCACCCGCUCUCCUCGCCUCCCCACCUGCUCUCCUCGCCUCCCCACCCGCUCUCCUCGCCUCCCCACCCGCUCUCCUCGCCUCCCCAUCCGCUCUCCUCGCCUCCCCACCCGCUCUCCUCGCCUCCCCACCCGCUCUCCUCGCCUCCCCACCCGCUCUCCUCGCCUCCCCACCUGCUCUCCUCGCCUCCCCACCCGCUCUCCUCGCCUCCCCACCCGCUCUCCUCGCCUCCCCACCCGCUCUCCUCGCCUCCCCACCCGCUCUCCUCGCCUCCCCACCAGCUCUCCUCGCCUCCACGUAGGGCAGAACGCAGGGCCGCUGCUCCCCUCUCUCAUCCCCUUCCCAACCCCUCUCUUCCCCUCCCCACCCCUUCUCUUCCCCUCUCCACCCAUUCUCUUCCCCUUCCAAACCCGCAGCAGAUGCAGUGGACAACACAGGGCCGCUGCUGGGGCGAGUGGGUCAACUGCAGCAUCAGCUGCACCACCAGCUGCUGCCCUCCUCCCAAGCCUCCACCCACCCACUACCCUCCAACCCACACGGUCCGAACCAAGCAGCAGUACGCUCAGAACGUUCUGACCAAGUCCCCCUCUCAGAGGGCUCAAAUCAGCAGCGGAUUGAUUCAGCAGAUUGGGAGGACCAAGCCCUAG